ACUCGAAUUAUUUAGGUUUUUUCCUUGUUUUUGAAGACGAAAAAAAAUAUUUUUCGUUUCUUUUUUUUGGAAACGUCUUUAAAAUCCAUUAGACUAGAAAAAUGGCCAUCGAUACAUUUCCAAUACUUUAUUUUAACAUGUCUGGUGAAAUGAUUUAUAUUAUUGAUCAACGAUUGGAAGCGCAAAAUAUUGGCCAAUCAAAAGCCAAACGUGUAUUGAAUGAUAUUAUUCUUUCAAUAUUUAAUUCAAAAUUAAUCGAAGUAUUUAAACCACAUAAUACGAUUACAUUCUAUGUAUUACGUACAAUAUUUGAAAAAUUGGUUCAUUCAUCAAUAAUGCGUUUGAAUGAACAAAGUAUGAAUAAAUUAUUCGAUCUAAUGAUCAUGGUGAUCAAAUAUCAAUUAUUUUCUUGUCCAAAACCAUCCGAUAUAAUGACCAUCACUGAUAAUCAUUUCAAUUCGAUUAUUGAAAUGUUGAAAAACAAUAACAAUGAUGAUGAUGAUGAUGAUCAACAAAACAAACAUUCAGAAUCAUCUAACAAUAAUAAUAUAGUGGAAAUUGUAAACAUUGUUCGUAAUCAAUUCAUAUUCCAUUAUCAAAAUUAUGAUCUGAUUCGAUUUCAACAGAUUCGUUAUAAUCUAUUGAAUUUUCUCAAAGAUAUCCGUACACGUGUGUCGAUAUUUUUACGUGAAGGAACACAAACCAAUGAUGGUGUUUUUAUCAUACCAUAUCAAGAUGUACAUGUGGAAUGUGAAUGUCAAAUACCCGGUGUUGUACGAUAUUUUCGUGGUUCAUAUAAUGAAAUUAUUCGUACAGAACAUUUUGAUGUUGGUGGCCAUUAUGUAAUUGAUGAAAGUCGUACACAACUUGGAUUGAACAUCUAUAAAAAAGAAAUUGAAUCAAAACAAAAUGUUCGUGAACAAAAAUCAGAUGAUACUACUACAGUGAUUAAUGAUCGUAAAGAAAUGGAUCUUUUGGCCAAAUUGAUUUGUAAAACACCUGAAGAUGAUCGUCGUAGAUCGGUAGUUGAACUUAAAUUUGAUUUCUUAUCCAAUGAUAUUGACAAUAACGAUAAAUCAAUGACAACCAAUGAUAAUGGAAAUAAUUCAAUACAAAUUAUCGAUCCAAAUGAACAUAAUAAUGAACAAUUAAUCAAGAUUAUUCAUGAUCUUGAAGAAUGUUCAUUGGUAUCAAAUGAUCAGGACAAUCAUGCCAAACCAACCAAUAAUCAAACAGCCGAUGAUGAUAUUGACCUCCUUGAAUUGAUGGAUUCAUAGAAAACAACCUAAAAGAUGAAGAAAAAAAUGUACAAUCAAUGAAAAGUGUGAAACAAAUUUAUUUUUUGCUAUCACUCAAAUGAAUGAAUAAAACGAUAAAUUAUCGUUUACUUGAUUGAUUUAAUUUUGCGAAAAUGUAACGUUAAUGUUUUGCGAAAUUAUAACAAUAUAAUUAUAAUUACAAACAUUAACUGACUC